AUGGCCAGUCACAGAAUCGGCGUCUUUCCUGCCUCGGGAGGCAUUGGCGGUGGCACUGUCAAGCAUCUUCUCCCUCGCCAUCCUGCUAAAGACCUCGUCUUUAUCGCUCGCAACCCUGCCAACUUAGACUUUGCGGCAGCUGCCGGAGCAACUGUCCGAAAGGCUGAUUACGACUUCAACGCGAAUCUGGAGCAUGCUUUUGAAGAUAUCGACACAUUGUUCCUCAUUUCGUAUGCUUCAGUCGAAGUGGAGCACCGUGCCGAGCGUCACCGAACUGCGAUCGACUUCGCUAUCCGUGCCGGUGUAAAAUACAUCUUUUACGGAUCUCUAGGAUUCGCCGGCCGCGAAGAUAACAAAAAAUCAGUGGCCUAUGUGAUGCAGCCCUAUUUGAUGACCGAGAAGUAUCUCGAAGAGUGCUCGUACAACCUUUACACCGCCUUCUUUGAUCCUCGCAACCUAGUUGAUGAGAUCGAGAUUGCGCAUAAUGGGUCUGGCCCUGGCAUUGCCUGGGUCAAACGCGAGAAAUUGGGAGAAGGCACCGCCGAGCUCCUAAGACGCUUCGCCGAGAACCUAAAGGAGUUCAAAUUCCGCAACAAAACUGUUCUUCUCUCUGGUACCAAGGUCUUGACUCUUCAAGAGACGGUCGAUAUCCUGGUUAAGCUUGUGAAGAAGCCGGUGACGAUCCGCCAGGUCUCCGAUGAAGAGUUUGGAAGGCAGCCUAAGGUCGGCCCAAACUUCACCUACCGUGGUGUUGACUACGGCACAGCCUGGGCAAGCGCUUUUGAAGCAUUCCGCCUAGGAGAAGCUAGUGCUGCAUCUCCUCUCUUGCGUGAACUGCUGGGCCGCGAGCCGGAAGACUUUGAAACCACCAUCUCCUCGCUCCUCUAG